UUGAGACAGAAUUUGCAGCCCAUGAACAUAUCUUGAAAAAUGAAACUAACGACGUUUUGCUGUAACUAGAUACAUAGCAUGCCGAACGCGUUUAUUCAUAUGUAACGUUAGUUCUAAUAAUGACUGCUAAAAUAAAUCGUUUUAAUUUGACCCUUCCGGUUGACGAGUACCUCGCAGAAACUGGCGUGUUGUUCUACCUGAAUGAUGCAGUGACCCAGCUGUUGGAACAUAAAGAAGAAUACACCCAGUUUGGAGUGGUCCGCUACUUUGCUGAAUACUUCAGCAGUGUAAAGAACAGCAACCAUGUUCUUUUCAGAGAGUAUAACUACAUAAAGGCCACACCUCAUAAUAGAGCCUCCUUCAUCAGAGUCUUCUGGAGGUGUUACAGACAAAUUGGGAAGAGUGGAGACUUACUAUCCAUGUUAGAAUACACCUCUCUACUCCAGUUACUGUGCCCUGACUUCCCAGUAGACCUGGUGCAGAACACAGCCAGAAUUAUUCUGAUGGACGACGCCAUUGAUUGUCUGAUGUCUUUCUCUGACUUCGUCUAUGCUUUCCAAUUGCAGUUUUACUAUCAAGAGUUCUUGGUCAGUGUUCAGGCCAUAUACCAGGAUCUGCUAUCAGGGAAGAGUCCUAAUACUGUGAUCGUCCCUACCUCCACCUCUAUUGAACAACUGCCUCCUGUGACCACAGAGGAAAACGAAAGUCAGGAGCAGGAGGGGAGGGUGGACCCAUCGACACUAGCAGAGUACAUUGACUGCCUCUGUGACAGGUUUAAAUAUAGUCAUCCCCCCAGGUCCUGUCUGAGAGAAGUACUGGAGCAGAGCGACAAAGUCUCUUACUACAGCUUCUUAAUGAGCCUGGCUAAACACGAUACCAUCAACAGUGGCAUAGGAGCAUUGCCCAACAAAUCAGAGUUGCUGGUUGACCCAGAAAUGGAUCAGGAGCUGGAUAAACUUAUAUCCCAGAUCUCAGUCAGUCCAGGCAGUAAUAGUAGUGGCAGUGCAGUGGGGGCAUUGAAGGAGGUCCCAAGGAAGGCCUCCCCUAGGAGGAACAUCCACCACCGGAGGAAGAUGGAGGUGGAGAGUGACGGCUCUACAGAGGAAACGGACUCCUCAGAAAAUUGACCUUUUUAAAACUUAACCCUGGACCUAUAACCUUUCUGUAAUCUGUCAACAGCCCAUUAACUUAAACCUACAGCGAGCUCAUCAUCCAUUAGUUAUGCAGAGGUGAAAAUACUUUCGGCAAGUUUAAUCCAUUGCUGUAGCAGAUAGUCUUUUUGCCUAGGGCAGAAUAUUCUGAAACAGUUUUUGUGAGCUUAAUUUUAAGAUGAGUUUGUCAACAGGGCACUGACCACAGUAGCAGGGGAUUUAAGAGAAACUUUUAAUCUGCCUGUGCACUAUUGCACUAUAAACUUGAAGAGCUUGCAAUUCAUGCAUCUACUCAAACUAUAUUAGGUGAGCUUUAUUGACCCAUGUGGGGAAGUGGACUAGUUAAUUUUUAAUGUAUUUCUUGCUGGAAGUAAUCCCAACAUGUCAAUCUAACACCGUAUGUAUUGUAACGUACACGAAUAAGUAGACACGUUAGCCCUUGGCUAACGGGUUGGACCCUUUAGUCGACUGGUUAACGUUGUCGCCCGCGGUGCAGGAGACACGGCUGUGGCGGUUCCCGGACUGCCCCCCUGAUUCGUUGCAGUAUGUAUGUAUGAUGGCCAUAUGAAUAAACCAGAAGUUACUGUGACAAUGUGUAUGGAAAUAUUUAUUCAUAUAUUUCUACAUUUAUUAAUUGUGUGAGGGGUUCAUUUAAUUAUUGCAUAAUCUGACUGAUUAUGUGAUUGGUUGCAUUGGCCCUAACCAGGAUAGACACCACAUUCUUUUCAGCACCAACCCCAGCAGUGUGAUUUGUAAUAAACCAUUACUUUCAACACAUCAGGGUAAUUCCUCUGGAUCAGGCUUGAUUCUUCUAUUUUCUGCUCAAUUGCACAGAAAACGUUGCUGGUGCUGAAAAGCUAGCUACAAUCUGCUGGCAGCACUCCACAGUUCCAGCUCUUCCA